AUGCCUCAACUAUUGACGCCCCUAACAAGACUCUAUACCUCGAGGUCGCCGAAUAUCUUCACGUCAGUGACGCCAUUCUCUCUCUCGAUCUCUCUCUCGUUCGGUGGAUCCGGGAUUUCUUUCCCCGCCAGUAGCUCGCAAAUCCCCACUCGAGAUGAUCAGACCCAUGAUAUAGACCCAGAAGAGCAGAACGAUGGAACAAACGUUCCCCAAGGAUUUGUGAUUCUAGCCUUUUUGGCGAUCUUCCUUGCUCAGGUGGGUAUCAACUUCCUCCACGCUGUCCGAACUGGACGACGCAGGCGACGACUUUUGGAAAUGCAGUUUCCCCAGCCUUUACCUCAACGCGAUCAGGAGACAGACCGUGGGUUGAAUCGAGAGCCCGAGGCCAAUACAAAUCCCAUAGAGGAGAAUGCACGAAAUGAUGCAGAGGAACCCCCUGUUACAGAAGAUAUUCCUGGGGUUGGAUAG